AUGGCUGCCGAGGACAGACAGCCCGCCGACAUCGUUGAGGGCGCCACCGCAGGCGAUGUCGAGGAGGAGGUGGCCCCGGCCGCCAAGUCGGCCGAGGACCGCAAGGCCGCCGCCGCCCUGUCCAAGCUGGACGCACACGCCGACGAGGACAUGGCCCCGGCCCGCGAAGUCGACCAGGAGGCCGUCAAGAACGCCAUGAGUGCGCUUAGCGGCGCCUCUACGGAGAAGAAGGAGGUCAAGAAGGUCAAGGUCGACCCGGCUGAUGUCAAUCUGCUGGUUGAGGAGCUUGAGCUGUCGAAAGCCAAGGCGACCGAACUGCUUAAGGCGCAUGAUGGUGAUGCCAUCAAGGCUAUGAAGGCUUAUAUCCAGCCUGCUUUUUAA